AGCCCGGAGAUGCCCCGGCCUUUUGGGAAAUAUUUUGGAAAUCGCUCGGAGAGGUCCGAGGAGGGCGAGCGGCUCUGCGUUUCGCCAGCCGAGAGGAGGUCGCCCGGCGGGAGCACACAGGCAAACAAAUACCACUUGCUGUGUCAUAGCACAUGGAUUUCAGGACUGCCUGUGAAGAGACAAAGACAGGGAUUUGCUUGCUGCAGGAUGGUAACCAGGAGCCUUUCAAAGUGCGACUGCACUUAGCCAAAGAUAUUUUGAUGAUCCAGGAGCAGGAUGUGAUCUGUGUGUCUGGUGAGCCUUUCUAUUCUGGUGAAAGAACAGUAACAAUUAGAAGACAGACUGUAGGAGGAUUUGGAUUAAGUAUAAAGGGUGGAGCAGAACAUAAUAUUCCAGUGGUCAUUUCUAAGAUUUCCAAAGAACAAAGAGCGGAACUUUCAGGGUUGCUCUUUAUAGGAGAUGCAAUUCUACAGAUUAAUGGAAUUAAUGUGAGAAAAUGCAGACAUGAAGAAGUGGUUCAGGUCCUUCGCAACGCAGGGGAAGAAGUGACCCUAACCGUAUCCUUUCUGAAAAGAGCACCUGCUUUUCUCAAACUGCCACUGAAUGAAGAUUGUGCAUGUGCCCCCAGUGACCAAAGCAGUGGCACAUCUUCCCCACUGUGUGACAGUGGUUUGCAUCUCAACUACCAUCCCAACAAUACGGAUACAUUAUCAUGUUCCUCAUGGCCAGCAUCCCCAGGACUUAGGUGGGAAAAAAGGUGGUGUGAUCUGCGAUUAAUUCCACUUCUUCAUUCACGUUUUUCCCAGUACCUCCCAGGAUCAGAUUUGUGCAGGCAAAAUGCGUUCCAAGUAAUUGCUGUGGAUGGGGUUUGCAGUGGAAUAAUUCAGUGUCUCUCUGCUGAAGACUGUAUUGACUGGCUACAAGCAAUAGCAACUAACAUUUCCAACCUCACAAAGCACAAUAUAAAAAAAAUCAACAGGAAUUUUCCAGUAAACCAGCAGGCAGUCCUCCUGAUGCAAAGAUUUAAAUUCACACUACUGUCGCUGGUUUUCUCAGCCCGAAAGAUUGUUCCUGCUCAUUCUCACAUUUCUCUCUUGGUCUAUAUGGGCUGGACAGAAGAAAGGGAACAAGACUCCCUUCAGGAUCGAAUGUACACACCAAAGUUUCUAGCGCUGAGGGGAUCUUCUCUUUAUAAAUUUAUAGCACCUCCAGUCACAACCUGGGAUUGGACACGAGCUGAGAAAACAUUUUCAGUUUAUGAGAUAAUGUGCAAAAUUCUCAAGGACAGUGAUCUACUGGACCGACGGAAACAUUGCUUUGGUGUCCAGUCUGAAACUGGGGAAGAUCUCUACUUUUCUGUGGAACUGGAGUCUGACCUAACACUAUGGGAAAAAGCCUUCCAAACAGCGACUUUUUUAGAAGUUGAAAGGAUACAGUCCAAGACAUAUGCCUGUGUUUUGGAGAGUCAUCUUAUGGGACUUACCAUUGACUUCAGCAUGGGCUUUGUCUGCUUUGAUGCUGCCACAAAGGCUGUGCUUUGGAGGUACAAGUUUUCCCAGCUCAAAGGUUCUUCAGAUGAUGGGAAGAGCAAAAUCAAAUUUUUGUUCCAAAACCUAGACACUAAACAAAUUGAAGCAAAGUGCAGCAUAUCUUGUGUAUCUCAUGAUGCUCUCCCCGAGGAGCUGGAGUUUUCCAACUUAUUUGCAGUCCUUCACUGUAUCCACUCAUUCUUUGCAGCCAAAGUGGCUUGUUUGGACCCUUUGUUCGUAGGCAGUCAAGCCACAGCUUCUGCUGCUCCCACAACUUCUGGUACUGGCAAAUUAAAGUAUUCUACUUGACAUCUCUCAUUGCAGCACUGCCACUUAACAACAAGACAUAACAAUGUAUAAAUAUUCAUGAGAUUUAGACCUUUGGUGAACUGUACACAUGGAAAACAAUCCUUGGAGGCAAGACAUGUUGCAGUAUCAGCAGAUAAAUGGUCGCGUGGGAUCAUAAAUUCAUCUCUGUUCUGCAAGACACCGGUAAAUACUCCUAGCCAAAACCCCAGAUUAGGAUGGUUAUGCUGUUAGUAUGAUUUAUACUUACAUAGUGCUUUAAGCAACACUGGAAGCAAAAGAGUAAAUGAUGCAGUGAAGCACUUCGGUAUUUAAUAAAAUUUUCAAAUUACUGUAAUAAUAUACAAAUAGAAUUGUCAUUUUCCUGUUUUCAGAUGUUUUUAUAUGACAAUAUACUAAACCCUGAGUAUGAACUUAAUACCCUCCACUAUAUUAUAAGUGAAAUAAGAGCAAGCAACAAGCAUAUAGUACAUGAUGACAAGAGGAUGAGCAUGAAAAGAUAUUUGUGUAAGUAUCUCCUCAAAUAAGAAAGCACUUUAAGCACUGUUGUAAAUCCGUACUUGUGUCUGUACGUGGAGUCAUGAUACUGUUUUUUAUUUUAUUCUUUUAUUCUGACAACAACAAUGACAAAGAUAUAGCCAUAUUGGACUGACACAUUAAAAAAUCCAUGAAUAAGUUCCUCUUCUUCAUGUAAAAAUAGAUGUGGUAUGAAUUUAAUUUUAAGUAUAAAUUAAGUACAGGUGUGUAACAUAUCAUGUCCAUUAUUUCCUUCUUCUUUUUUUUUUUUUUGUAGAAAAUUAAAUUCUGUAAAUCUAUUAGCUUGUUCACAAGAUUUAGUUUUUGAAUUUGUUGCAGACACAAUCUACUUAAUGCAUUGUUUCCAUGUAUAAUCUUGAUUUCACAUCAUAAAUAGAACCUCUCUUCCACUCAGGCUCUCAGCAAAAUAGAUGUUCAACGUUAUGCUUGAAAAAUGAUUCACCCUUUGAAUUCUUAAUAAUUUAUUGUUUUAUAUGGUUAAUAAAAGACAGGAACAAAUUAAAUAACUUGUAAAGAUAGAAUCGACGACACAAUGCAUAAUGUCUUUGUAUAGUUAAAAUUUUACAUCACCCUGGACCACAUAUUAUCCAUAAUAGUUAAAAGAGUCUCAUUUAAUGAUGAAAUCUGAGAGAGUUGUAAAUUUUAAAGUAAUAACUUCAUUUGAAUAUAAUUUUGCAAAAUAAUUUAAUUCUGUGCUAAAAUACACAUUAGUGGAAGCAGCAAAAUAUUGGGAGCUUACAUGUGAUAUAGCUGAAAGAGUGCAAGAGGUGUUUUUUUUAAGGGCAGGGCAAGAAAAAUGUAAAAAUUGCAGGAAGAACAGUUGAUGCACCUUCAGCACGUGCAUAUUUUAAAUAGUAUUUUGGGAGGGUUCUAUUUACUAUGUUCAAAUCAAAACUGCCUUUAUGUUUUUUGCUUUGACUUGUUAUAAAAGCACGUAGCAGGUUAAGGUUAUGGGUACAAUCCACCUUGGGCAGCAGAAAGACUAAAUCUACCACCGCUGCUUCUAUGUAUUAAAAGAAUUAUAACCACAUAGAUGAAUCUAGGGAAAAGCUUUUUCAGAGUGGGCACAAUCCAGAAUGUAGGGCAGGGGGUGAACUGUAGCGACAAGUCAUGCCUCUGUCCUUUUGCUUUGCAUUAGAAGUAUUUGGAUUGACGUAUAUGAGAGACUGUCCUUGUAAAAUGUGAGCUUGAAGCAUAGCUGAUUCUAGUUUCAAAUAAUCUGAAAAUAUAUUUUCUGGGAACUCUUUAUCUAUCUCAUAUAACUUUCAGUAGGUGCUUACUUCUCAUGAUGUCUGAGUACACUGCCAAGGGUUACACCAUUAAAAAUUAAAAAAUUGGGUCACACACUUACCCCAGUCAUUUCAAUGCUAAAUACAGUGACAUUGUAAUCUACUUAUUAAGUGCUAUAAGUGUCAUCGAAGUCCAGCAUUUUCACAGCCAAUGUUAGCAUUAUGUGUGUAUAUUUAUAUGAAUCCUCCGUAAAUAAGGGGGUCAAAUCCACGGUCUUCGAAUUCUAUGUAAAACUGCCAUGGCUGUCAAUGGGAUCUAGGAUUUGUUCCUGGGAGAAUAUAAACCCCAGAUAUUUUGAAACUAAAACUACAAUGGUCUCAGGAUGGCAACUCAGACAUUUUCCUUGUCAAGAAAGCGUGUACGGGAAAUACAAAUUGUGACACAGUCAUGAUAACGUUGAAAAGAGAAGCGCAGUAUCUGUUAAUAAAAGUUCUCCUCUGCGCUCCCAAAUCAUCUCCUUCCUUAUAGUGUCUGGCUUUCAGCUGUCGCUGUGUCAGCUUGUGUUAACACCUAAACAAAUACAUUCAUGUUAAUAACAGAAUCUAAAACUAAGCAGCUACCAGUUGAAUAUUCUGGGCUUCAGUGACACCAGUUCACACCACGUGCACAAUUGUACCACUGAAACUGAGAGUUGUAGUAAGGGCCAUUGUUUAAUGUGCUUAAGUGUGAACGUAGCAGAUUCCUGAAAACACAGAAAUUAUGCCAGUGCAAACUGCUGUAGAUUGAGGGAUUUCAUGAUACGAAAGUGAAACAAUUAAAUGAAUUGCACUUUGCUCAGAACUGAACUAAUCCAAUGAUUUUGGGAGGCCUGGACUCCACCAGUAGAUACUAGAGAUCUCUGUCACAUACUUUCUGUGUAGAACUGCUGUAUUUAUCAACGAGAAUUUUUUUACUGGGUGUUAAGUGCAGAAUAUUUCAGAGUCAGUAGCCUAUAAAUUGGAGCUGUGAUUUUUGGGAGCUUUGGAACUGAUUUUGGAGCUGUGAUGAUUUUUUUGUUUGUUUAUUUUUUGUUUUCUGUUUUUAUUUUUUUAACCACUGUAUUUCCAAGAGCUAAGCUAAUGGGGCUUAAUCAAUACUUUUAGUUUCAAGAAGAUUAAAGUAAUGUUGUGAGAGUAUAUAAUGUGAUAAUCUUGGCUGCAGCUCUGUUUUGGUUUAUUAAUACAACAGGGUUUUGUGCACUGAAUUCUCAAAAUAUUCGGAGAUGACUCUUGUCCAAGCUUGCCCUUGUAGAGGAAGUUGGUAGGAAACUCAGUCGUGAACCAAGUAGGGCAAAUUUUAAGUUCUGUGUUACAAAUAAUCCUGAAAUAGUGAAGUAUAAUUUACAGACAUUUUAAAUGACUAUAUUUUUCAUUUAAAUACAUAUAAGAGAUUCCCAUUUAAAGCAUAGUGGACUUCGUAUACAUAUGUCAAAAGGUAGGCUUUAUGUUGCGGACUCUCAUUUUGCAUGUAACAAAUAAUGAAUACGCUUCCUUUGUAAGAGGACACAGCCCAGUGAUUAUGAAGAUAAGUAUAAUUAUAAUGAACUAUCAUCUGCUGAAAGUCUGUAAACGAAUGAAAUCAACUAUUUUAACCAACAAAUGCAAACUAACCAACAUAAAAUAAAAUCAUAAAUAAACCCAUAAAAUAAAAUGUAAUGUUCUCUUUAUGCCAUCAUAUCGAUCCUUAAAUAAGUUUAUUUUUUAAAUUCUGUACUGUGCCUAUUGACAUCAUGUUAAAUAGUAUACCAAAAGUAUGUAACCUUAAGUAUAACUAAAUAUAUUUAGUUUGACUUGCUCUGCUUUAUGAUGGAAAUUCUAGAUGAUCUAGAUGACCUUCAAAGAACUAACCAUAAACUAGGCUGUUGUGGUAGCAUAAUUUCAGUACAAAAAUGUUACAAAUUGAAGACAUGUUAUUCUGGAUUUCACCAGUGAAUGAGUUAUGUGUUUCAUUUCCUACACCUGCGUAAAAAUAGAGUUACAAAUUCUCAAAAGAACUUUGUAUUCCGGUAAUAUGAAAGCAUCUUUAAAAUAAAAAUUGGGAUUUUUUAGAUGUGGUCAUUUUGUUUUGUUAAUUAAGUGCAAAGUGAAGAUUGUGGAGACAAACCCACUGUAAGUGGAUUAUUUUUGAAAAUCAGAUUCUUAAUUGUGAGUUUUUGGCUACUCAAACCAGGAUUCAUAAGAAUGUAAAAUAACAAUAUACAGUACCAAUAGGCUUUGAGAUUAGAAUAAUGAAAUAUAUUCCAUUCCAAAUUAGACCUUGAUCCCACAAAAAUGUAUUUGUUUAUUUAAUUUGUUCGCUUUGAUGUCUCAAAAGGCAUGGUUGAACACAUGGGUAGAUAGUUGUAGAUACUGCAGCCUGUUGCUUUAAACAUUCAAUGCCUUAAGAUAUAUCUUAAAUCAAGCAAAAUAUUAAAAAGGCUGAAGAUGUUGUGAAUGCACAGUUGUUGCCCUUUAAAAUUCAGCAGUUAUUACACAUCAGCAUCUAAAUAUCCUAUAGCAUUCCCUUUGCCAAAAAGAAAGAUCAGUUUGCAUUCUGCUAUGGUGAUUCUAAGGAACCCUUUGGAAAAUGUUAAUUUAUUAAUUUUAAAAACUAGUUACUGCAUCACACUUUCCAUUUUCUUACAAGGUCUGCAAUCUGGAAAAGCAUAGUGUCUGUAAAAAGUUUAAGCUGAUUUUAAAAUGCUCAGCUUUAGGCAGCUAUGAGCCUGUACUUUGGAAUCACACGUCUUGCCGGUUCGGUAUAAUGGGAGGCACAGGAGACACUCGGGCUCUCUAAAUUUAAGUACCUGUCUUAGAUGACUAAGAUAAGGCUUCAGAUUCUCAAAAGGAACCUUCAAGGCAGGACCAUAAUUUUGAUUCUCUGAAUUGUGUCCUAAAGAUGUAUGUCUCCUUCUGCAAUGACUGCAGAGGUGCUGCUACAUUAGGGGUUUUGUUUGGAUCAGGAAUGUGCUUUCAAGUAAAACCUCUGCCUGUUGCCAUUCGCUGCUGUUGUGUUCAUAUCACAGAGUAGCCUUGGAGCGUACGAAUCAGGAUUUUUAGAAUGGUAGAAA